GAACUUCGUCACGAGACAGACUUGCUCCAGCCAGAGCCCGGAUCCUGAUUAUCGGCUCGGUUUCCCACGCGGAGUCCUUGUCUGCCUGCGAGGUCUUCCGGUUCCUGCUGCAGGGUCAGCUGCACGUGGAGUGCGAGGUGGUCCACGGAAAGCGUCAGAUGGUCAGCUGGAAGCCCUGGGCUUACUACCUCGUGGUGCUCUUGGUCCGCGGCAUCUUCAACGAUCCGCUCUUCGCACGGAUGUUGCUGGCCUCAUCGAAGCCGCCCGGGCGCAGCUUGCAAGUCCUGACUCUGGUCGCUGAUCCGCAGUUCGAAUUUCCGAACUUCGAUCAAGACCAAAGUGCCUUCUCCGUUCACGAGGGACCGACAGCCGACCACGAAGAGCUUUUUCAGGCUUUCCGGAGCCUGAUGAACGUCGUGGCCCUGCCAUUCUCCCCCCUGGCAUCAGAAG